GACGGGGCGGGAGGGAAGGGACGGGAAAGGCAGAGAAGGGAAGGGAGGGGGUAGGAGAGGCCGCCCUGGCGCAGCAUCCAGAAUAGUGCUGUCGUCAGAGCCACGUGCAUUCCUCUUAGAGGCACGACAUCCCAAGAGUAGUAUCCCUGGACCUAUGUGAUGAGGACCUACAAUAUUUGCUUUUGAAGGAUUGAGCUUUUUUUUGGAGAGGAGUGGUUUCUUGUGAAUUUAUCAAUCAGAAGUGUGUUCUGCAUGAAGCAGUACUUGAAAACCAGCAAGUUAAUAAGAUUCAAGAAAGGAAAUGUUUGAAGUGGAAUGCCCCAAAAUAAAGGAGCAAUUGCCUGCGGUGAUAAAAAGAACUUUGUAUCAAUAGCCAAAUCUCGUGCAUUCUUGUAUGGUACUACAUUAUCUGAUCAGGGAUAGACAAAAUGAACCCUUUCUAUUUUCUGGGUUUUGGAGAUUCUCAUCUAGGCUUCUUCGGGAACAGGAGUGGACCUUUCAACAGAACAAAUGAGUCUUACUGCUACAGCACUGCCCAGGGCAGCACAGUGCUCCAAGGGGUAACUUUUGGUGGAAUCCCAACAGUCCUGCUACUUGAUGUAACCUUCUUUUUUAUUUUAAUAUUACUGUUUUCCAUUAUAAGAAAGAGAUUCUGGGACUACGGUCGUGUUGCUCUGGUGUCAGAAGUUGAAAGUGAAUCAAGAUAUAACCGGUUGUCAACAUCAUCAUCAGUACCUGAAGAUCUUGAAUAUGACAAGGGGUUUUGUUCUUGGAUUACAGCUGCUUUUCGGAUGCAUGAUGAUGAGAUCCAUGAGAGGUGUGGUGAGGAUGCCAUCCAUUACCUCGCCUUCCAGCGUCACAUCAUCUGCUUGCUGAUUGCUAUCAGCAUUUUGUCCGUGUGUGUCAUAUUGCCUGUCAAUCUGUCAGGUGAUCUGCUUGAUAAAGAUCCAUAUAGUUUUGGAAGAACAACUAUAGUAAACUUACAGACUAGCAAUAAUCUUCUUUGGCUGCACACAGUUUUUGCUGUUGUUUACCUGAUCCUGACUGUUGUCUUCAUGAGGCAUCACAUGAAGUAUGUCACAUAUAGAGAAGAAAACAUAGUUAAGUGCACGUUGUUCAUAACUGGUCUUCCAAAAAAUGCGAGUGAACAGACGGUACAAAACCAUUUCACAGAUGCCUACCCGACUUGCACCGUGCUGGAGGUCCAGCUGUGUUACGACGUAGCCAAGCUUAUCAACCUGUUCAAAAAAAGAAAACAGGCAGAAAAAAGCUUGACUUACUAUGAACACCUGCAUCAGAAGUAUGGCAAGAGGGUCCAGAUCAAUCCUAAGCCAUGUGGUCAGUUCUGCUGCUGUGAAAUGAGAGGAUGUGAAAGGGAGGAUGCUGUAGAUUAUUAUACCAAAGUUAGAAAUGAACUUGAGGAAGAAUAUUCAAAAGAGGAACAAGCUGUUCAUAAUAACCCACUGGGAAUGGCUUUUGUAACAUUUCAAGAGAAAUCCAUGGCAACCUACAUCCUUAAGGACUUCAAUGCCUGCAAAUGUCAGAGCAUUAAGUGUAAAGGAGAACCCCAGCCAUCACCCUACAGCAGGGAGCUGUGUGUAUCCAACUGGAAGGUUACAUAUGCUCCUUACCCUGAGAAUAUCUGUUGGAAAAAUCUUUCAGUGCAUGGAUUGAAGUGGUGGUUUAGAUGGGCUUGCAUUAAUUUGCUUCUUUUUAUUGUGCUGUUUUUUCUUACUACUCCUUCCAUAAUCAUCUCAACCAUGGACAAGUUCAAUGUCACUAAACCUAUUCACUACCUUAAUAAUCCUGUCGUCAGUCAGUUUUUCCCAACACUCUUGCUGUGGUCCUUCUCAGCUUUGCUACCAACAAUUGUCUAUUACUCAACUUUGCUGGAGUCCCACUGGACAAAAUCUGCAGAGAACAGAAUAAUGAUGCAUAAAGUCUACAUAUUUUUGAUCUUCAUGGUAUUGAUUCUGCCUUCCCUUGGUCUGACCAGCCUUGAUUUUUUUUUCCGAUGGCUGUUUGACAGAGAAUCAUCUGAUUCUGCAGUUAGGCUGGAAUGUGUCUUCCUGCCUGACCAGGGAGCCUUCUUUGUGAACUAUGUGAUUGCCUCUGCUUUCGUGGGCAAUGGAAUGGAGCUGCUGCGCCUGCCGGGCCUCAUCCUUUACACCAUACGUAUGAUCAUGGCCAAGUCCACAGCAGAGAGGAAAAACAUCAAACAGCAACAGGCAUUUGAAUAUGAAUUUGGAGCAAUGUAUGCCUGGAUGCUGUGUGUGUUCACUGUCAUCAUGGCCUAUAGCAUCACGUGUCCCAUCAUUGUCCCUUUUGGUUUGAUCUACAUCCUCCUGAAGCACAUGGUGGACCGUCACAACCUGUACUACGCCUAUCUCCCUGCCAAGCUGGAGAAGAAGAUGCACUUUGCAGCUGUCAAUCAAGCCCUGGCAGCUCCCAUCCUCUGCCUUUUCUGGCUCUAUUUUUACUCAUUUGUGAGGCUGGGUUUUAAAGCACCUACCACCAUGUUUACCCUGCUGGUUGUCAACAUCACUAUUGUUAUUUGCUUGGCUUACACUUGUUUUGGCUGUUUCAAGUACCUGAGUCCACUGAAUUAUAGGAUUGAAGACACACAGGGUGAAAGAGGAAAAGACACAGAUGUACCAACAGUCCCAACAUCUUCUAUGUACGUCCCCCAGGUUUUGCGUCCUCAUCCCACCGAAAGGACGGUGCUGGCCCCCACGGAGCAGCAGUCCUAUGGCACCAUGGACAGCACUUGUUCUCAGGCAGAAGGAAUCAGAAGCUAUGCCACUGGACCUGCAGUUGUGGAGCAGGCAUCAGGAGCUUCACUCUGAGUUGUGUUGUGAGGACGAACACAAGAUGGAGCACUUGGCUCAGGUUUAGCAGAACUAAUUCCCUGCCACCUCCUACUAAGUAUUCGGUGUUAUUUAUGUACUCCUGCCUGCAGAAAAGGUACAGAAAUAAUUCAUUGUGUGGUCUGCAGCUGUGCUAGGAGAUUAAAAAGCAGAUGCCUUGGGACUGAUUGUUUUCCAGGCUGCCUACACACGUUGUGAAACAAACAAGUUGAAUGUGGAGAUGUUGAUCCUCAGGGAUUUCACUUCUGCUAGCUCAUCACUUGCCUUAUGAAGAUGAAUUAUGCUGCAUAUAAACAACUGGUCACCACCAAAGCCAGUGUAGCUAUUAGAGCUUUCAUUUAUUUAUUAAAAAAAAUUAUUCCCUUUUUAAAAACCCCCAACAUUUAUUAUUUAUAAACCUCUUGGGAUGUGUUAAAUCCUGAGACAAUGCCCCUUUUGAUGAAAAUGCUGUUUGUGUGGGUGCUGAGAAUGGUGUGUGGGAGUCUCUCCUCUUUUCACCCAAAGUAGUCAGCAUAGUUUUGAUCAUGUUACAUUUUUUUUCUUGAAAGAGAUGAGGGAAUUACUGUGCACUUGGGUACUAAAAGUACCAAAGCAAAAAGGCUGGUGUAAAGAAGGGAGUGAUUUAUCUGUUUUUAUAUAUUUUUGAAGGGCAUUUAGGUUGAUAAUAUCUGUUCACUAUUUUUUUAAGGGCCUUCCACAAUGAAAAUUCACCUGCCAACAAUAAAGGAUGUAAACAUUUUAUCUCUUUUAGUCUUGGGUUAAAAUGACAGAUCUUUGGGUUUUCUCUAUAGUGCCAAUUAUAUGAGUUGUAAGAUACUAAGUUUUUAAAUUAUGUAGUAGGUGCUAAUCUAUUCCAAAGUGCAAUGUGGCAAAGUGUAACUAAUAAUCACAGAGCAAUAAAACAGUGAGUUUAGAAAAAUUUCAA